UUAGAAUUAGACAUAAAAUAUGGACAUGUUGUACUCAUGUUUUAAUUAUUUCAUUGUCAUCAAAUGUUGAGAUGAGUACUCGAAGUAUAAAGAUUGUCCGUGUAACAAAGGAUGAUUAUGAUCAAGUAUGCGCUAUAACUCCACCGGGUCAAAUCUACGGGGGAACUGACUAUCUUCCGGAUUACUUUCACAUGUUACUUGAUAUGCCUAAUGUUGAAGCGUAUGCAGCUGUUGUUGAUGGUAAAUUUGCUAGUUUUGUCUUGAGUUUUGUAGUUGAUAAUGGGAGAACAGUAGUACCUAGAGCAGGAAGGACAAACAAAGAGUAUGCGGGAAUGGGAUUACUACAUAUGUUGUUGAGAAAUACAAUAAAAAACAGUAAAUAUGAUAAAAUAGCAGUAACUGCUGGAGGACAUGUUAAAGCAAUAUUCGAUCAAAUUAGGGACGGAAGAAGAGAAAAAAUUCUUAUGAUGGAAUUCAGAUAUUUUAUUACCUCAGUAGAUCACCUGAAAAGUAUACUUAACACAAAUGGAAAUAUGACACCUACUUCCGCUAAACCAAUAGAUGAAUCCGAACUUGCCGAUAUACUGACUAAUCAACAAGUGUGUUGUCAUCUCUUCCCAGAAGGCCGUUGCAUUGUUGACUGUGUUCCGUAUCGACUGAUUAAAUCGAACGCUUCUCUCAUCAAAACAAUACGAACAACAGCUAUCGGUUCUAAUUUGAAAAGUGGUACCAGAAUUCUAACAUUUGCCAACUAUGCCAGUACGUCAAUAGGAAUGGUAUGCAAUAUAGAGGUUUAUGGAUGUAUUGGAGAAACUUUAACUGAACAUUUAUUUUUACAUCUGCGGGAAAUAGUUUCUAAAGCAAUUUCUGGAAAGGUCAUAAUUCGUUGUUUUUUUCGAGAUGAAACUAAUUUGAAUUUCAUUACUAAUUUGAUGAACCGUUUUGGACUAGACAGAACAGAAAUGUAUGGAACAACGUUAUUGUGCACUGAAGGGACACCUGAAAUUUAUUUCCGUGAUAGCAAAUUGUAAAGGGUUUUUGUUUAAGAAAUUUUGAAUUUUGAUGCCGGUAAAACUGUAUUUUACCAUAAAGGCAUUAGUACGGAAAAUUAGCUUAAACACGUUGCAUGAACUUAUUUAUGAUGUAACGAUUACCAAACAAACUUGUUAUGUUGUACGAUAGUUUCUGUUUUAUUAGGGAUCGUGCUGUCGAAUAUUUAGUUUUGCUGUGUAGAGUUUUGUAGACUUUUCUUUGGUUUGUUCUGGAUUUGAUGCUAUCAAUAUCUUACAAGACUGUAGAUUUAUAAUUGCUUUAUUGACACCUAUUUACGUUUACCAUUACUUGAAGUUGAAUCACUGUUA